AUGAGCCAGGCCAUCCAGCCGGCGCACGCCAACGCCCGCGGCGAGCUGAGCGCCGGGCAGCUGCUCAAGUGGAUCGACACCACCGCCUGCCUGGCAGCUGAGAAACAUGCUGGGGUUUCCUGUGUCACAGCCUCAGUGGAUGACAUUCAGUUUGAGGAGACAGCUCGAGUUGGACAAGUUAUAACCAUCAAAGCAAAAGUUACUAGAGCAUUCAGCACAAGCAUGGAGAUCAGCAUCAAGGUCAUAGUGCAGGACACGUUCACUGGCAUUGAGAAACUUGUUAGUGUGGCCUUCUCUACAUUUGUAGCCAAACCAGUUGGAAAAGAAAAGAUUCAUUUAAAACCAGUCAUACCUCUAACUGAACAAGACCAUGUGGAACAUAAUCGGGCUUCUGAGAGAAGGAAAGUGCGAUUACGGCACGAGGAGACCUUUAAAAACCUGAUGGAGAAGAACAGCAAGUUUGAGGCCGCCUCUGUCGCGCCCAUCCGCUCCUGA